AAUUUCCAAGCAAUCGAUACCCUGCUUCUCCUCAAAUAACAUAUUUCUACUCCAAAACAAUAUCCCUUCGGAGUCCACACAAAAAGCAAACCAAUGGCCACCACCGCUUCUCCGAUGGCCUCCACCCACCUCAAGACCACUUUCACCUCAUCUUCGAUCAGAAAAAGUCUGGCCGUUCCCCUGGGAAUCUCUGGUGUUCCUUUCCGUGUCUCACCUAAGAGAACUCCCUGCUUCACCGUCAGAGCUAUUCAACCAGACAAGCCAACUUACCAAGUGAUUCAACCCAUCAAUGGUGAUCCCUUCAUCGGUAGCCUCGAGACUCCAAUCACCUCCAGUCCACUGAUUGCCUGGUAUCUUUCCAACCUCCCUGCCUACCGAACUGCGGUGAGCCCACUUCUCCGUGGCAUCGAAGUGGGUCUGGCCCACGGUUUCCUCCUGGUGGGUCCGUUCGUCAAGACCGGUCCACUCCGGAACACGCCGGUCGCAGGUCCUGCUGGGUCCCUGGCUGCAGCCGGUCUGGUUGUCAUUCUUAGCAUUUGCCUGACGAUUUACGGCGUCUCGUCAUUUAAUGAAGGAGAGCCCUCGACUGCACCAAGCUUGACAUUGACUGGGAGGAAGAAGGAGCCGGAUGAGCUGCAGACAGCUGACGGAUGGGCUAAGUUCACUGGAGGGUUCUUCUUUGGUGGCAUCUCUGGUGUCGUUUGGGCAUAUUUCUUGCUCUAUGUGCUUGAUCUUCCUUACUACGUAAAGUAGAUGAUGAUAAUGGAUUUUCUUUGUUUAUUAAUUUGGUGUAAAUCCAUGAACUGAAAUGAACUUCGAGCAUUUGGAAUUGCAACCUUUUUCUGAAAUCUGAAUAGCUAUAGGAAAAAAAAAUAGGGAAAAGGGUU